AGGUUCUGUAUUUCAGCUCUCUGUUCCCUUACGUGGUUCUCUUGUGCUUCCUUGUACGUGCUUUGCUGUUAGAAGGGGCAGCUGAUGGAAUCAAGAUCAUGUUCACCCCUAAGCUGUCCAUUUGGGGAGAUAUGCAGGUCUGGCGUCAGGCAGCCACCCAGGUGUUCUUUGCUCUGGGCUUGGGCUUCGGCACCAUCAUUGCUUACUCCAGCUACAAUCCUCAGCAUAACAACUGCCACAUCGAUGGGUUGCUUGUGUCUGGCAUCAAUUUCCUUACCUCGGUGCUGGCCACACUGGUGGUGUUUGCCGUGCUGGGCUUCCGAGCCAAUGUGUUGGCGCACAAUUGUGUUGCAAGAAAUGCAGGUCUUUUUACAGAGCUAGUGAAGAAUGGUUCCCUCUCGGCUGUGCUCCCUGUAAACCUGUCUGAAUUUUCACCUGCUCAAUACAGCAAUUGGUAUCAGGAUCAAUGGAAUGAUACAAAGCAAUUGCAGAAGUGGAAACUUGGUGACUGUCGUGUAGAAGAUGAAAUGAAUAAGGGUGUGGAAGGGACAGGCCUGGCCUUCAUCGCCUUCACAGAAGCUAUGACCCUGUUUCCAACAGCCCCCUUCUGGUCUAUGCUGUUCUUCUUUAUGUUGCUCAAUUUAGGGUUGAGCACCAUGUUAGGGAACAUGCAAGGAAUCAUCACUCCUUUGUUGGACAACUUCCAAGGCCUCCAGCGUCGGCGGACGCUCUUCACAGUCCUAUGCUGUAUUAUUGGAUUCUUGCUGGGCUUGAUUUUUGUUCAGGGCUCAGGCAACUAUUUUGUGACUAUGUUUGAUGACUAUUCAGCCACCCUGCCCCUGCUUAUUGUUGUGGCCGGCGAAGCUUUUGCCAUAGCCUGGGUCUAUGGAGCUGACAGGUUCUUGGAUGACAUAGAAAACAUGCUGGGCUGGCGGCCGUGGAAAAUCUACAGCUACAUGUGGCGCUUUGUGAGCCUGGCAGCAAUGUUGUGCCUGUUGCUAGCGAGUUUGGUACACCUGGUCAUGAAGCGCCCCACCUAUACCGCCUGGAACAGAGAAAAGUCAGAGGAGGAGCAGCUGGAAUACCCACCAUGGGCCUUGGGCCUUCUCGUUAGCCUGAUCGUUGUGGCUGCUCUACCCAUUCCAGUCAUGUUUCUCAGGCAGCUCUUGCUAGAACGGUUUUCCCAAUACAGCCACAACUCUGGCCAGAUACCUGUACCCACCGAAGAAGAAGAUGGGGUGCAAGAAAAAGAAAGUCCAGCUGACCUUGAUCUCGAUCUCCCAGGCAAUGGUUACUUGCUUGUGCCCGCAGAAGAGGGGCAGGAAUAAAACAGGUGAUGUUCAGGUAGUCCUCAACAACCACAGUGGAGUCCAGAAUUUUGGUCAUAAGUCAUUGCGGUCACAAGUUGAGGCACCGCAUGACCAAACUUGAUUUUAUGACCGUUUUACAAAAGUCAUAAAGUGAGUCAAUCGCAUUAUUAAGUGAAUCAGGAUCAUGAAGCAAAUGCAGCAUAACCAAAAGGCGUUUUUUGCCAUUUUCUGCUGGAAAGUGGCAAAAAACGUGGCAGGUUGUGGUCACAUGAUCGAAAACUGCUGCAACCGGUUUUACAAGCGAGCCAGUUGCCAAGCACCCAAAAUGCAAUCAUGUGACCCUAGCAGAGUACAGCAGUCAUAACUUUGAGGACGGAUCACAAAUAGCUUUUCUGAGGUAAGUCCAUCAUAAUUUUGAGCGGUUAUUAAGCAGCUAUUAGUGCAUUGUAACUUUGAAUGGUUGUUAAGCGACAGUCAUUAAGCAAGAGCUACCUCUAUAGAAUGUGCAAUUCUCCACCCGAUUGCUGCUGCAUUUCCAAUCUUUGGCAGCCUUAAUAAGAAAUAAUAUUUCUUUUGGUCUCACAGUCCAGCCUGUAGAACAAGAGAAAAGUUACUUGGGCCUAAAGGGAGAGACUCAUUAUAGUGACUUCAGAGACUGAAGGCAAGUCCAAGGCUUCCAGAGCUAAACCAUCAUAGCUUUUCCACUGGAAGCUACAAGCUUCUUAAUUUUCAGCACUCUCAGAGUCAUGCUUAUCCACACCUAUUCCACUCGUAAUGGUGGAGUGGAACCUGAGUGGCUAUUGGUAGGGAGGGAAUUCCAAGCAAAGCAUUUAAAAACAAAAUCAAGUAUUUAAUAGUAAGCGCUUAUUCGUUAAAGCCUGAUUACCCAUUCCUAAAAGUUGAAUAUAUAUGAUCUAUAUGAUCACAGUGUACACUAUAUUUUUUAAGGUUAAGAUGGGAGUGAGAGGGGGGGAAAUAAUUUAAAACGGAAAUUAGACUGCUUUCAUGUUCUCAUUUAAGCAGCGUAUUUCGCUAGUGCUUCUUUUUAAACCAAGUAGGGAAAGCAGGAGGAAAGGGUUUCCAGAAUUCUUUUUUUAGCCCUUAAUGAUAGUCCUACUGUGGGCCAUCCUGACUAAGACAAAAUGGGGCUUAGAUCAUCAGGCAACACUCCAAGCUGCUGUCCAACUGCCUCUCACAUAGAGAUAGAUAGAAGGGAUUUUUUUCUGACAGGUUUUUUUUUAAAAAUCCUGGCCUGAUCUGGAUCAUUUCAGGUUUAUUUUUCUUUUAUGGAUGUCUUCUCCCACACCAAAUUUGGUCCUAUUCCGCUGAUGAACUGGCAGAUAAAGUCCCGAGCCCCUUUACAUAAUUUUUGAGGCAUUCCGUUGGGUUGGAUAGAAUCAAAAAGUUAAUGGUAACAUGGUAGGUGUGUUUAAAAAAUGAACAGCACUAAAUAGUUGUAACUUUAAACAUUUUUAAAAAUACAAAAGAAGACAAUUGUUAAGGAUAUCCAUAGAAGUGAAGUCCUUUGUAUGAUCAGAGGAAGGACAGAAAAGACAUUUGGAAAACUGCAGCUUCCAGACAGAUAGUUUGUGAUAUGAACCCCCUUUUUCAAUAAAUGUGAAUGAACAACACACAACAAUUCCAUAUCAUCUCAGAAGACGCAUGACUUGUGCUGGAGGACAGUAAAAAAUGAAAAUGGAAUGAUAAAGGACCUGUGAAUAAAAUAUAUUUAAGUGGACUCUCUUCACCAUGUUGAACUACCUUACAGUUUGAACAACUGUCAAAUAACCUUAUUCUGUUCCCCAUGAAGGCAUCUUCAAAAAGUAUUGGUUGGACAAACUCUGACUGGAGAACUACAGUUACUGGAUUUCAAGGCACUAUGCUCUGCAUUGAUCAGCGGUAAAAGGAAAUGAGGCCAUCAAAAAACACAGUGGCUAAACACCAUCAAAGUCCACACUAGUCAGAACAUAGAACUGAAAGUAACCCUACAAGAUAGGAAAAUGCAGAGACAGUUGGGAAUUCCUAAGAAUUGGAGAUGAUUGAACAGAUAGUGUCGUCAUCAUGUUCUGCAAAGAAUGAAUGAGAUCCAGGAAACAAAGGUGUGAUAUCCAGGUGCAUUUGAUGCUAAAACAUCUAUGUGUCACACUGGUAUGUGUUCCUCCCUGUUCCCCAGAAUUCAUUUUAGAUUGUAAGCUCUUCAAGAGCAAGGGCCCAUUUGAUAUCUGAUGACACCACAUCCUUUCAUGUUCUAAAGCACUGUUUCUCAACCUAUGCAGUAUUAAAAUAUGUGGACUUCAAUUCCCAGAAUUCUCCAGACAGCCAUGCUGACUGGGGACUUCUGGGAAUUGAACUCCAUAUCUCUUAAAAGUUGCUGAAGUUGAGAAACACUGUUUUAAACUAGACCAGGGAUGUCACAGCAACGUCAUCUGAUGUAUCGGGACUUUUUCCCACUGCGUUAAACUGGACAGGGGCAGGGCCAGAAAACCAGUUUGACAUUCCUAUUAUACUGGUGACUUGGAAGUAUCUGUGGUUCUGGGUUGGAACGUCGUCGGAGGGUUAUCAAAAAUAUUUUUUAAAAAAUUGGAAGAGCAAAGUUGUCAAAACACUCCUUGUUAAACGCAAGGUUGCUCUAAGCAGUUACGGUGGUGCAGUUUGAGAACUCUUUUACUACUAGGGAUAUUCCUUGCAUAACCCUCAUUGAAGAGCAUAAUGCUGGGAAUGAUUGAGGGAAAAACAAGAAGGGGAAGGCAGAGAAUGAGGUGCUGGAGUCACUGAAGCAGUCGGGGUGAGCUUAAAUGGACUCCGUGGGAUGGUAGAGGACAGAAAGGCUUGGAGGAAUGUUGUUCAUAGGGUCGCGAUGGGUUGGACACGACUUCACGACUAACAACAGCAAACCCUAGGAUCAGUUGGGAGGGUGGGUCACAAUAUCAACAAGAAUGCAAACCAUAGCCUUCCUUCCGGUGAAAAAUAAAGGGGAGGAUGGACUUUUCCAGUACUUUGUCAGAGAUUAUAGUUCAAAGAGCUAAAAGCUUUGCAGAAGCAGUCAAUAGACUGCUUGUUUUAUGAUAUUCUCUAUGGGGAAUUACUGGACUUUUUCAAUAGUUCAAUAAAUGAACUGUAUGUUGGAGUUUAAGUUUUGUUUUGAGGACUUCCCUAAUGCAGGGGAGAACAAAGCAGGUAAUUAAAGCUCCACUGUUCUGAUAAUGGGUGUCAGUUUCUUAUGAGGGAACAGAACCUGAUGUCUACAAAUGAACCUUAAAGAAGAAAACAUCUUUAAUUAUUUCCCCCUUUCUCUUCAAUAAAAACUGUUUAGCACAAGUGCAUUGUAUUAAAUUCUGUGGUAGGAAAAAGUCUGAUUUCGAUUUCUUGGUUGAUUUAAACUUCUUUAUCAUACAUUAAAGAACUGCAGUGGAAAUAAAGAUAAGUUGUCCAGUUCAAA